AUGCGGGCAGAGCUUGCGGCAGCCAAUGCCCGGGCGGAUGCGCUCGCGGUGCGGCUGGCAGACGAGCAGGCGGCGCAUCAACGGACUGCGGCGGUGGGCGAGGCGAACAAGGCGCGAGCAGAGGCGAUGGAGAGCAAGCUCAGCGCACUGCAGUCUGUAACAAGCCGGACCAAUGAGAUGGCGGCGAGCGAGAAGCGGGAGCUGCUCGAUCGGAUCGAGGCUCUGGUGGGGCGGCUGAAGACCGCGGAGCGGGCCGAGCUCGACGUCGCUGCGCUGACAAGCAAGUUGGCCGAGGUCCGGGGCGCUCUGGCGGCGCUCCGGGGCGCAGUGGCCCAGGUGCUCGCGUACGAAGCCGCGUUUAACGAUGAGAUGCUGGCGCACGAUGCUGGGCGGCGAGUCAUGCGCGAGGCCGAGGCGCGGGCGCGGGCGGCGCUGGCAGCGGACAACUCGGCGGACGACGGCGAUGGCGGCGGUGAGGGCGGCGGGAGCGAUCUCGACAGCAGAGGUAGCGGGGGGCAGUACUCGCUGGAGCGGAUUCUGAUGGGCCGCCGGGGAAAGGGGACAGCGAGGGCCGACCGGAUCUCGGGCCUGGACCUGCUGCUGGAGGAGGAGGCAUUCCUUCGCGCGUUACCGACCAAGGACCAUCCGACGGCGGUGAAGGAGAACAUCAAGCUGUUUCGCAUCGCCAUGCAGCAGCAGCACACCAUCCAUGAUCUCGAGCGCAAGGUGGAGGAUAGCGACGUGGCGACGGAAGCGCGGCUGAACGCGCGGGUUGUGGCGGCGCGAUCGGCAGCCGAUGCGCGGCGGCCGGUGCUUCGGCGGCUGCAAGCUACGCAGCAACGACUGUUCAAGGCCGAACACGCAGCCAAGGCUGCGGCCAAGCAGGUUGAGAGAGUACGUGGGCAGGAGGAGCGGUGGCGGACGUUUGCCCGAAACGCAAGCAAGGCUGCGGCCGAGCAGCGGGCGCGGCUGGAGCGGCAGAUGGUGCAGCUGCGACGGGCUGCGGCGAGCGCGGCGGCGGCGUCGCGGUCGUCAUCAUCGACGACGCCGUACUCAAUCCAAGGCAUUGCAGCGCUGGCGGAGAACACGGCGAGCAGGCAGAGUGGAGUCGACGUGUCGGAUCCGGGCGCAAUCGGCGCCGCCGUCUACUGGUGGCGGCGGGAGCGGGCCGCGGCGCGGGCGACGCAUGGUGGCGGGGACUGGUGA